GAGCGUGGGGGGCCACCAAGCGAAUCCCGGGCACCUCCACCCACGGGGGUCUUAUUCCGGGAGGAGGAGAGGGCAAACCCCACCCGUGGGUGGGCCAGGGGUCCUGCUUUGGGAAGCAUCCAGCGUGGCCGGCUCCCCCCAGCCCCCCCGUGCCGUGGAAAGGCCCGCGAGGGGCCCCUGGGGGAGAGCAGCCGGGCGGGAGGGGCGGCUCAGCGAUCCACGCGGGGGAAAUGGCCUCCCACCGCGGGGACGGGCAGGACCGUCUCCUUCCGCUCCCCCUCCCAGCUGGGAAACGAAACCGAAAGCUCCGGCAUCUCCCUGGUUGCUUCUGCGCAGGCGCCGCCGAGCCCGCGCUUAGCUUUCCAGUCGGCGGGAAAGGCGGCUGCUCUGCGGAGGGGGCGAAAGUGCGGCGGCGGGAGCGCCGGGUGGGGGCCUUCCCUGGGUCCUCUUCGCUGCCCUCCCCAGGCCCAAGAGCGGCGCCCCUCCUCCGCUCCGGGCAGGGCUGCCUUUCCGCGCGUGGGAAAGUUGCGCUCCGGUUCAGGCUCUGGGGAGGGGGCGGCCCUCCUCCCCGCCUUUGGCCCCACCGACCGGAGUCCCUUCGGAGGGGGCAGCCCUGCUGCCUUCUGAAGGGCCGAAGCAGCUUCGCUGGGAAGGCCCAGCAAGGGGGAAACGGAAGUGAAGAGUCCCAUGGCGGCCUCAGGGGAGGAGACGGCCUUGGAGCAGCUGGGCCACGAGGCCACCUGCCCGCUCUGCCUGGACCUCUUCCAGCAGCCCAUGGUCCUGGCCUGCGGGCACAACUUCUGCUGUGACUGCCUGGCCCGGCUGGGCGCUGAGGCUUCCUGCCCCCAGUGCAGAGCCAGGGUGGAGCCCGGCAGCGCCUACCCCAACCGGGCCCUGGCCAAUAUCGUGGGCCUGGUGAAGGGGCUUCGGCUGUCUGGGGGAGCCCAGGAGGGGAGCAGCGGCCCACAGCUGUGCCAGGAACACCAGCAGCCCCUGCAGACCUUCUGCUCCAGCGAGAAGCGCCUCCUUUGCGCCGGCUGCCUGGGGGGGCACCAGGGCCACCCCCUCUUCUCUCUGCCCGAAGCUGCCCAGGAAUACAAGGACUUGCUGGAUGCCCUCCUGGAGCCCCUGAGGAAGGAGGAGAAGCAGCUGCUGGAGCAGAGGCGGAGAGAAGAGCAGAGCCGGCAGGAGUGUCAGGAGCAAUUAGCCACUGAGAAGCAGAAGGUCAGCCUGGCGCUGGGAUCCUUGGAGGAGCUGCUCCGGGAGAGAAAGUCGGUCUGGUUCGCCUGGCUGGCCGAGCAGGAGGAGAAGAUGGAGGCUGAGUGGGUGGGCCCUCUGGCCCAGCUCAACGGGGAGGCCUCCCGCCUGCAGCAGCUGAUUGCCCAGAUAGACAGGAAGUGCCGCCAGCCGGACAGGGAAUUCCUGCAGGAUAUCCAGGACACCGUGGACAGGUGCCGGAGUUACGUGGUGGGGCGUGUGAAGAGCGUCUCCCCCGGGCUGCAAGACAGGCUCAGGACCAUCUUGCAGAAAAACACUCCUGUAAGGCAGGUUGUGGACAAUUACAAAGCCUCCCUGGACAUGACGCUGACCAGGAAGAAGCUGGAGCGACCUCUGCCCACGGCACCUGUUGCACAAUAUGUACAAAAUCCAGCAGCGCCUAAAGUCUACGUCACGCUGGACAGCUCAACCGCCCACCCGCGGCUCUGGUGCCAGGGAACCACUCUGACUUUGGCCAACCAAAACCAGAAUCUCCCGGAUCUGCCAGGGAGGUUCGACCAGGAAUGGUGCGCCCUGGGCUGCGAGGCAUUCACCGCAGGCUGGCACUAUUGGGAAGUGUCUGUGCAGGAGGCAGGCAACACUCCAGUGGGUGGCAGAGCAGUCUGGGCCGUUGGGGUGGCCCUAGAGUCCGUACGCAGGAAGGGGAGCUUCCAGCUGAGCCCCCAGGAGGGAAUCUGGGCCGUGGGAAGGAGUGUGGAGGGGGAGACGGUCGCUUUCUCCAAGGUUCACGAGAAGCUCAGCUUGCCAAGGCCGCUGAGGAUGCUGCGGGUGCGGCUGGACUACAAGGCAGAAGAGGUGGCGUUCCUGGAUGCAGAGAAUGGGGCUCCCCUCUACACCUUCCGGACGGGGGCCUUCUUUGGGGAGAGGGCCCACCCUUUUUUCUACCUGGGCCAGCAGGGAGUCAGCCUUCAGUGUGAGGGACGUCCAAGUUCAUCUGGGUGGCGCGGCUACUGAUUAUAAGAGAAUAGAAAAUAGAAUAGAAUUAGAACAGGAAGGGACCUUGGAGGUCUUCUAGUCCAGCCCCCUCCCCCCCAUUCAAGCAGGAAACCCUAUAGACCAUCUCAACUUAAAACAGUUCAUUCAGUAAUCAGAAGUUACCACAACACUGAAAGAAGCGACUCGUGGCCAUUUUGCACACUUGGGACCUCGGUCAAGGCGAUUGAAAUUCAGAUCCUUGGUGAAUGACUCACCUUUUUGACAGUCGUCCUGGAAUCCCCUGGUCCCCUUUUGCGACCCCUCUGACGAGCAAGGUCACUGGGGAAACAAGAGUUCCCUCAACAACUGUGUGACCCAUUUAAGAACUGCAGCGAUUCGCUUAAAGUGUGGCGAGAAAUCGUCAGAUGGGGCAAAACAAAUUUCUCACUUAAGAACAUUAAUUUUUAGUCUCCGUUGGGGACUACCUCCAGGGCACGGGCCCACGUUACCCACCUCCCUGAUUCCUGCUCAUGGGCCUUUUUUCCCCGCAUGUGUGUGUGUGUGUGUACUUGAAGCCCAAGAGGUGGGGCUGCAGCACAGCCCACUAUGCUCAGCCCAAUCUCCUGAUGCCUUCAAGAGGACCAGAUGUUGCCCACUGUCCUCUGGGGUGUCCUUCCAACUCCCCUCUCUAGUCUGCCAGGGUUUCUUGGUGGUCUCCCAUCCAUAUCCUACCUUCCAUAACGUCGCCAUGAUCAGCCCAGGCUGCUUGGGGGGCUGCCAAGCAGUUCUGGGCUGCCGAUGGCCUGGGGGGCUUGGACUGGCCAGGGCCUCUGGGCUAGAAAAUUUGGGUGUCCACGCGUCUUCUGGGUGCCACGGAUGAGAAUCCCUGCCUCAGUACUUUUAUAAUCAAUAAAAACGACAUCUUAAUACCUGCAUGUUAUUCUACAUUUAUGUGAUUCUAAAUUCUACUCCAAUGUUACUCCAAGUUUCUUAUUAAAAAAGCAACAUGUUUAUCUUUUA